AUGCAACAUCCGUUGGGCACUGGAAGUGUAGGGGACCUAGAGAGGUUUGAGUGCAACAGCUUCCCCUUCGACACCCAGGCCUUGUCUGUAAGCUUCGAGUUUGCUUUGUCAAAUGAAGGCCCAUUCCCGGGAAAACUGUCAGCCGAGCUCGCGGAUGCCUGCGACGUGAAUGCCAAGCACUUUGUAUGGGAUAGUGAGUAUGAUUUGGGUAUCCAAACCAAGCUUGUGACGGACGUCCGCAGAGUCCUGCAGACAAGGUCUUACCCAGACUUGACCUUCUCCUGCUUUGUAAAGAGGAAGCCGUUUUUCUACGUGGUGAACAUUGUGAUUCCCAACAUGCUUCUCGCAUUGCUGGCUGGCCUGCAAUUCUUCAUUCCUGUCGAGGAUGUGGCUGAUCGGGCCAGCGUUUCCAUGACUCUGUUGCUGGUAUGCGCAUCCUACUUCCACUACUCAGGAUCGUUAACACCGACCGUCGGCUACCUAACCCUGCUGGACACACAUUCUUUGUGGUGCAUGUUGCUUGUUAUUGCCAUGGUUUUCUGGGCUGGCAUUGUCAGGGUGACGUCGCAUUCGGAUCUGGAGAUUGAAACGGUUGACAGCCUGGCAGGAUACGCAUUCUUGGGCUCAUGGCUCCUCGUUCAGGCCGUGUUCGCUCUUCGCUUCUGGCAUGCUUGGGGAGAAGCUUCCGCUGAGUUGGAUCUUCCAACACUGCAAUCUGGAACAGAAGCUCGAGAGAGGCUCCUGAUGGUGAACUCGAGCAGUAGGUUCUAUCGCCAGUCCGUCUUGGCCUAUAUGCCCCUCUAG